AUGUCUCUGCAGUUAAAUCCACAGCCCCCAUCUACAGGACCUGCUUCAACUUCGGCGCCACCCUCUGCAUCGUUCCCAUGGCUGCAGCCGUCUGCUCCGGCCGAGGACUCGCAUUCGCGGGUCGAUAUGGUCCACAUGCAGCUCCUGCACCAUUAUACGGUUAGCAAAGACCUACACCCACUCAUGGAUACUUGCAUGAAGGACAUCAUCAUGAGCUUGGCCCUCCAGGAACCAUACAUCAUGCAUUCUGUGCUCGCCCUCUCAGCUCACCAUUUAAGCGUGGUGCGGCCCGAGCAGCAGUCCUUCUAUCACAACCUAGCCAUCCAGCUCCAAACACAGGCCCUUUCAAUCUUCAACAGCAUCGAUGUCGGCCUCUACGGCGAUUCGGUCGAGAAGCGCAUACCUGUCUUCAUCUUCUCGAGCGUCCUUGGGAUCCAUGCGCUCUGCGAUAUGCUGUCCUACCGAGAUUUAGACGCCGAUUCCGCCAUAUCCCGGUUUGUGGCAUAUGUAACCCUCCACCGCGGGAUGCAUACUGUCAUGUACGGCUACUGGGAGGAGCUCCGAAAGACCGAACUCAAAGUCAUCUUUGAUGAGGUGGUGCCCCAGUGGUUCCAGCUAACGAGCGAGGGACGGGAAUGCGACGAUAUUCGGGAGAGGCUCUCAUCGUCCAUGAGUCUAGAUGCGGAGGAACGAGAAGACGCGCUUCGCGCCGUUGACCUCGUGCAGUGGGUGUUUGAUGCGAAGCCCAAACCGGAAAGCCGAAGUUAUGUCCUUUGCUCUUGGGUAGCAAUGCUCGGCAGGCCAUUUGUUCGAAUGCUGGAGACUCGCCGACCCGAGGCCUUGGCCGUUCUUGCAUACUUCUUCCUAGCCAUGUACCAUUGCCGUGGGGUUUGGCUGAUGGGUGGCGCGGGCCAGCAUUUUCUGACCUUGCUCACCGAGCAUUUCCACGGCGGAGAGUGGUACGCAUGGCUCCCGCCUUCCCAUCGCGACAUCAAAAAGCGACGGUACAUCGUUCCCGUCCCAAUGGCUCGGGACUUUGUGGUCACCCGGCCCCAAGAGGCUGACGCGCCCCGCAUCGCCGAGAUCCACCUUGCCGCCAUGGACGCCAACCCCUUGCUGCAUGCCCAGUUCCCCGCCCCCGAGAGCCUCAAGUCUCUCUUGCGCUUCAUGGAAGAUUACGCCCUCGAGCAGCUGCGCAAUCCUGCUACCGGGUUCCUGGUCGCGCGGGAUCCUGACACGGACGUGGUCGCGGGGUUUGCGAAGUGGGACUCACCGUCACACCCGGCGGACGUCAAGCUGGAGAGCGGCGAUCUGCGGUAUUUGGAAGGGUGCCGGCCUGAGUUCCUCGACGGCUAUGCGUCGUUGGCGGAGGAGGCCAAGAAGAGAUGCUUCGGCGAGCAGGCUUGUUAUUGCUUGAGUUUUGUAUGCAUCGACCCCGCCUACCAAGGCCGGGGUGCCGGCUCGCUCCUCACCCGGAAGAUUCUCGCCAUGGCUACGGCAGACGGGCUGCCGGUGUACAUCGAGAGUACUGGCGUUGCGGUGUCUAUGUAUCAAAGGCUUGGGUUCACGACUAUUGACGGGUUCGAGAUGAGGAUACCGCGGCCUGGGCUUGCCGCGCUGAGCGAGAUAUAUAGGGAGGAGUGCAUGGUAUGGUAUCCUCCGUCGGCGCAAGACGGCAGGUCCGAGUAG